AAAGCCAAUGGCGUCAUCAACAAAUGUGAACGAUUUGAUUGGUGGAGCAUUUCUGGGGUCAUAGUUUAACUUCCGUGUCACACAGCUAACAUGGCGGAUAAAGAAAAGAAGAAAAAGGAGAGCAUCUUCGACUUGUCAAAAUACAUCGACAAGCCGAUUCGUGUGAAGUUUCAAGGAGGACGAGAAGCCAGUGGAGUCCUGAAGGGGUUCGACCCCCUGUUGAACCUGGUACUGGACGGCACAAUCGAGUACAUGCGUGAUCCAGAUGAUCAGCUGAAGCUGACGGAAGACACCAGGCAGCUGGGGCUGGUGGUCUGUAGAGGAACAUCAGUCGUGCUCAUCUGUCCUCAGGAUGGCAUGGAGGCCAUUCCAAACCCAUUCAUACAGCAACAGGAUGGCUAACCCACUCAAGCAUGCACACACACCAGUAAUACCAGUGAAUAUUUUGUGAGUGUUUUUCUUUUUUUUUUCUUUUUUAUUUGUUUUAAUCAAAACAGGGAAACUGCAUAAAAAAACAGAGCAUUUUUUGUUGUAAAAAUACAUAUGUUAAUUAGCAAAGGACACAAAUAAACACUUUGCUUUUGUUCCUGUCAGUGAUGUGCAAAUUUUCCAAAAAUUUGAGUUGUAAAGAACCCACAUGUUUGGGAAGUGUUAACUGUGCUGUUUUCUUUUUAUUCAGGAUAAGUUAACUUUUUACUCUUUUGUUUUUGAUAAGAAAAUAAAAAUGUACCUUGGGUCUAA